CUUUAAUCGUCGCCAAAACUAUUUAUGUUUGGUAUUAAUAUUGAUUUUUUCUACUUUACGUCCUCUUUUCAUUUUUUUAUCCAUGGUUCUACUCUGGAAAAAUUAGUGCAUCAGCUAUGUUUGUUAUGGAUAAGGUUGCAGCUAUCAUUGCAUUAGCAUUGGCAAAGAAAGCGUCGGCUUACGCUGUAGUUCGGUAUUAUGGAUUUCCAAGAGUGUACAGGAGAUUUUGCGAGUUCAACAAAAGGAUAACAGACAACAAGAGUAUAAUUCUAAGACGACAAAACAUUAUGAAAUAUUGCAUAAGAUUGCCUGGUCGAAUUUUUUCGUUUUGGUCGUCAAAGCCCGCUAGAAAAUUAUGACGUAAUGGCCUUGGUGUCUUGGCCUGGAAGAUAUCCUUUGUACAAAUUUCAUGUCUAUUAUUUGCCAAAUUAAUUUUAAAGAGUUUCUGUGGAACAUCCACCUGCCUUCAUGCGAAGAUACGUUAGCGAUAUCGUUAACACAUUCGCGAACUAUUUACGUUGAGUCAAAUUGGAAUAACAAAUCCACAGUCACACAAAAGAAAAAUCAUAUGGAAAAUAUGUAAUUUUAACUGAGGAAUAUCAUUCGUUUUUAAUACACUUUCUUUCGGCAGAGCUA